CGGGUUUCGUCUUUAGGUGUCGGUCCGGCUCACUAAAGGCAGCGGCAUGUCCGACUUCGUGCGGACGCCUGGCACCGCCAUGAUAGGCCUCUCGCAGCCCCGUGACGGGGCCGCUUCCGACGACGACGAGGACGGCGGCGGAAGCUCUGGAGCUAGAUCCUCCCGCGGGGGCGCCGGCGGUGGAGGCUCCUCCUCUGGCGCCGGAGGUGAGCCUUCUUCGGGUGGUGGAUCGGCAGCGCGGAAGCCCAGGGGGCGGCCUCCGGGCUCCAAGAACAAGCCGAAGCCGCCGGUGGUCAUCACCAAGGCGAGCGAGUCGGCGAUGCACCCGGUGGUCCUGGAGCUCGCUGGCGGUUCCGACAUCGUAUCUGGCGUCACCGACUUCGCCCGCCGACGCCGCGUAGGUGUCUCCGUCCUCGGCGGCAGUGGCACCGUUGCCGACGUUACUCUCCGACACUUGUCGGCACACGGCCCAUCUACCAUAUCCGUUCCCGGACGCUUCGACGUCCUCUCCCUCUCCGGCACCUUGCUCCCUCCCCAGCCGCCCGCCUCUGCCGGGGCACCCGCCCCGACGGUGGCCGCCUGGACCGCACGGCUGCCUCCCCUGACCGUCUCCUUGGCGGGCCCGCAUGGCCAAGUCAUAGGGGGAACGGUGGCGGGGCCGAUGACGGCUGUGGGGCCGGUGUUGCUUGUUGCUGCGACGUUCGCGAAGCCGGAGUUCCAUCGGCUGCCGCUGUCGGAGGAUGACGAGGAGGGGGUCAAGGAGGAGGACGUCAGUCCGGAGACGGAGGCGCUGGUAGCCCUCGGCGAGACCAGUCCGUUGCCUGGUCAGCUCUCCCACACCGACGUGGUUCUGUGGGCGCAGCCUUCCUCGACUCGUCCUCCGCCUCAUGCUCAUCCUCCUCCUCGUUACUAACUCGAACCCGACCAGAAUGCAUUCUUAAGAAGCUACUGCAAGUGGAGGGAAAUUUUGUUCUGUUACUGAUGCAUGGGUGCUAAAGAUGGUGGGUUUCGAUGCUCCAUAGCUCUAUCCCAAGCUAUGAGAUCCUUUUUUCUCUUUAUUUUUCUUGGGAACAGCUGAACUCCGGCUUCCAAUGCAUCCCCCAACGUAGUAAAAAGAUAGCAACCGUCAUUUGAUGCUUCAAUGGAAGUGGGAAUGGGUCAGACCAUGGAUCACAGUGAUCGAUCUCUUCAAACAUGUAGUUGCUAUUUACUUGGUUUCUGACA